AUGACAUCUAAUAAUGUAUUUAACAGCUGUAAAACUAGUUCUAUUGAUUUGUUAAUGAAAAAUUAUCAAAUUAUUAAUAAUCAAGAAGAUUACAGUGAUAUUAUUCAAUGGAUUAAUUCUUUUGAAUUCAGUCGGCAAAAAAAAAAUGUUGCGAGAGAUUUUUCUGAUGCAACUAUGGUUAGUGAAAUCAUAAAGUACUACUGGCCCAAAAUGAUAGAUUUACAUAAUUAUAUGCCUGCUAAUUCAUUGGCAAACAAGAUAUCAAACUGGGAAACAUUAAACAGAAAAGUACUGAGAAAAUUAAAGUUAACUCUUUCAGAAGAAACUAUUAAAAAACUAUCUGCGUCUAAUAUGGAUACUAUACAUAAAUUUUUAAAAUUGUUAAAAAAUUCAGUUGAUAAAUUAGAAAAAGAAAAAAGGUUAAUACUGGAAUGUAGUCAGAAACAUCCACUUUAUAUUAUAGAAAAUGAAGAUAUGAUUCAAGUUGAAACUGCAGGUGCCACAUGUAAAAAUAAAUGUUUAGACAAAGAAACAGUAAAGCUCGUAAAUAGACUUAAACAAAAUAUAAAUGAUUUGGAACACAAGAUUGAUCAUUUGAGCACACUGAUUUGCGUAAAAGAUAGAAGAAUAAACGAUUUACAAUUACAACUAUAUCAAUUAAAAAAAGAAGAAAACAGAGAAUAAUUUAAUGUUUAUUUUUUUAAUUUAAAUUAAUUUCAUUUAAUUCUCUGUACUAAUAUUGUUUUUAAUAAUUAAGUAUGAUUAUAUAAUAUAUAUUAUAUAUUAAUUAAAAAUUAAGUAACAAAAAUUGGAAUUUUUAAUGAACACAGUAAAAUUAUUUUAUUACUACUACAUAGUUAUGGUUGUUAGAGCGCAAGUGGUUUAAGUAAAUUUUUGGGUAAAAUGGUUUGGUCUGAGAAUAAAUAUUUCAAAAUUAACAAUUUCUUUGGUAUCAACGAUAGUAAUAAUAUUAUGUUAUAAAACAAUAUUACUUUCAAUAUAUAUAUUUGUAUUAGUCUUUAUGAGAUCAAAAUAUUUCAAAUGACAAUAUUUCUCCUAAAAAUAUAAAAAUUGACUUACACCACUUUUGAUCUAAUCCCUACAAUUAAAAUGCACAAUUAUGAAAUAUAUC